ACAGGCGACAAUAACAAAUAUGGCGGCCUCCGGCAGGCCGAGUGUAUGGGAUGUUUAGGAACAAAUUGUGACUGGACCAGCCCUUCAAACUAUAUCAGACUACGAAAGUAUUGAAGGUGAGGAUAACGGGAAUGUAUCUGAUAUAGAUGAACCGUUGGUUAGCGAGAAUGAAGAUGAUAUUGAUGAUGAAAUCGUGUAGGAUCAGGAGGAUGGAAAUGAUGAUAUUGGCAUGAAUGAGAUAAUAUGGAGCGAGGCCAAUCAAUAUAUAUAAAUGUUCGACAGUUUAACGAACGUACCGGACCUCAAGUAUUAUUGAAUGCUGAUGUUAGUGAACUGGCACAGACAUGAUUAGUAAACAUGCCCAAGAGACCAACCUAAAUGCAACACGCAAACAGCAGCUAGCCGAACGAAAUGACACAAACCUGGACGGAGACAGAUUUGGCUGAAAUGUCUGCAUAUUUAGGAAUUCUUAUUCUAAUGGGGAUUAUACAAGUUCUGGACUACAAGUUGUUAUGGUCGACAAAAAAAAUCCUUGCUAAUGGAGGUGUAAAAGAUGUCAUGUCUGUAAAAAGAUAUGAAAAACUGACACAGUAUUUACAUGUGAAUGAGCCAGAGGCGGAUUCUACUGACAAACUUGCCAGAGUUAGGCCUCUAUUAGACUCUGUUCUUGAAAGAUGUCAGUAGCUAAUAAACGUUAACUCUUCCUUAUAAUCCAUGUCAUGAUGAUGUAUGAGUGACUGGACAUUAAGCAGCAAACAAUCAAUGAUCAACUAUAUUUUAAUACGAUUAAUUUAAUAGUUUAAAUUAAAAAUGUUUUAUCCUUGCAAUUGAUCCUUUAUAAAUCAAAACAUUUACUUAAUAUAUAUAUAGAAUACAUGUAUAAAUGAGAUACCUUUAGCACAUAAAACAUGUACUCACAGAAAGUAUUACUUGUUGUAUACCAGUUAUUUUAGAGU